AUGAUAAGAAGCAAUAGCAAUUUGGAUGAUACCUCUCAUACCUUAGUAGAGUAUCAGAAGACCAUUGACUGUUACAAAAAAGGUCUAGAAAUUAGCACUGCUACUGGCGAUCGGUCAGGAAUUGCAAGCAGCAAUGGCAAUUUGGGCAUUGCUUAUCAUAGUUUAGGAGAAUAUCAGAAGGCCAUUGACUAUCACAAAAAAGAUCUAGAAAUAAGCACUGCUAUUGGCGAUCGGUCAGGUAUAGCAAGAAGCAAUGGGAAUUUGGGCAAUGCCUGUCAUAGUUUAGGAGAAUAUCAGAAGGCCAUUGACCAUCACACAAAAGAUCUAGAAAUAAGCAUUGCUAUUCGCGAUCGAUUAGGAAUAGCAAAAAGCAAUGCCAAUUUGGGUAAUGCCUAUGAUAGUUUAGGAGAAUAUCAGACGGCCAUUGACUAUUACAAAGAAGAUCUAGAAAUAAGCACCGCUAUUGGCAAUCGAUCAGGAACAGCAAGAAGCAAUGGCAAUUUGGGCAAUGCCUUUCAUAGCCUAGGAGAAUAUCAGACGGCCAUUGACUAUCACAAAAAAGAUCUGGAAAUAAGCACUGCCAUUGGCGAUCGAUCAGGAAUAGCAAAAAGCAAUGCCAAUUUGGGCAAUGCCUAUCAUAGUUUAGGAGAAUACCAGAAGGCCAUUGGCUAUCACAAAAAAGAUCUAAAAAUAAGCACUGCUAUUGGCAAUCGAUCUGGAAUAGCAAGAAGCAAUGGCAAUUUGGGCAAUGCCUAUCAUAGUUUAGGAGAAUAUCAGAAGGCCAUUGACUAUCACAUAAAAGAUCUAGAAAUAAGCACUGCUAUUGGCGAUCGAUCAGGAAUAGCAAAAUGCAAUGCCAAUUUUGGCAGUGCCUUUGACAGUUUAGGAGAAUCUCAGAAGGCCAUAAACUAUCACAAAAAAGAUCUAGAAAUAAGCACUGCUAUUGGCGAUCGAUCAGGAAUAGCAAGAAGCAAUAGCAAUUUGGGCAAUGCCUAUCAUAGUUUAGGAGAAUAUCAAAAGGCCAUUGACUAUCACAAAAAAGAUCUAGAGAUAAGCACUGCUAUUGGCAAUCCAGCAGGAAUAGCAAGAAGCAAUGGCAAUUUGGGCAAUGCUUAUCAUAGUUUAGGAGAAUAUCAGAAGGCCAUUGACUAUCACAAAAAAGAUCUGGAAAUAAGCACUGCUAUUGGCGAUCAAUCAGGAAUAGCAAGAAGCAAUGGGAAUUUGGGCAAUGCCUAUGAUUGUUUAGGAGAAUAUCAGAAGGCCAUUGACUAUCACAAAAAAGAUCUAGAAAUAAGCACUGCUAUUGGCAAUCGAUCCGGAAUAGCAAGAAGCAAUGGGAAUUUGGGCAAUGCCUAUCAUAGUUUAGGAGAAUAUCAGAAGGCCAUUGACUAUCACGAAAAAAAUCUGAAAAUAAGCACUGCUAUUGGCA